AUGUCUGUCUCUGCAUCCAAAGCAGCGCGCCAGGCCAAGAAAGCCGAGAAGGCCGCUGCCACCGGCAAGAAGACUCCCACCUCCCGCCUGGCUUCCAAAAACGCCUCGAAGAAUACUUCAGCAGCCAAUAGCGACGAUGAGAUCGAAAAUGGCGUCAGCGAGUCCGUCGCCAAGAUGGCAAUGCAAGAGGAUAAGGACGGCAUUUCAGACCGAGUCACAACGGGUGUGCUCGCCUCCCUGGAAGCCAGCCGCGAUGUCAAGAUCACAUCUGCCUCCUUGACCUUCCACGGCAAAGUACUCGUCACAGACUCGACACUCGAAGUCAACUAUGGGCGACGAUACGGUCUGUUGGGCGAGAACGGCUGCGGAAAGUCUACAAUCCUCAAGGCCAUUGCGAAGCGAGAGUACCCGUUCCCAGAGCACAUCGACAUUUACCUACUGAACGAGGGCGCCGAGCCUUCGAAUACUGGUGCGCUCGAGUGGGUCGUGCAGCAAGCAGAGAAGGCGCUGAAGGAUAUGGAGUCACUGGCCGAGAAGAUCUUGGAAGACGAUGGUCCAGACAGCCCGAAGCUCGAAAUCCUCUACGAACAAAUCGACGGCAUGGACCCAAGCACCUUCCACACCCGCGCCGGCCAGAUCUUGACAGGUCUCGGCUUCAAUAAAAAAACAAUGGACAAGAAGACCAAGGACAUGUCAGGAGGCUGGCGUAUGCGUGUCGCCCUUGCCAAAGCCCUCUUCGUCCGCCCAUCUCUCCUCCUCCUCGACGAUCCCACCGCUCAUUUGGACCUCGAAGCCUGUGUCUGGCUGGAAGAGUACCUCAAGAAAUGGGACCGUACUCUCAUCCUCGUCUCUCACUCCAUGGAUUUCCUCAACGGCGUUUGCACAAACAUGAUUGAUAUGCGGAUGCAAUCCCUGAUCUACUACGGUGGUAACUACGAUUCUUACAUGAAGACCCGAUCCGAGAACGAGGUAAAUCAGCACAAGGCGUAUGAGAAGCAGCAAGAUGAGAUCAAGCAUAUCAAGGAAUUCAUUGCCAAAGCCGGUACCUAUGCCAACUUGGUUCGUCAAGCGAAGAGUAGGCAGAAGAUUUUGGAUAAGAUGGAGGCGGAUGGCUUCAUCCAGCCCGUCAAAGUCGAUCGAGUCUUCAGUUUCCGCUUCGCGGACGUUGAGAAACUUCCUCCUCCUGUUCUGUCGCUGGAUAACGUCACAUUCUCCUACUCCGGCAAGAAAGAAGACAACCUCUACGAAAACCUCGAUUUCGGUGUCGACAUGGAUUCCCGUACCGCUCUUGUCGGACCCAACGGUGUUGGAAAGUCGACUCUCCUCCGUAUCUUCACCGGCAAACUCUCUCCUACCUCCGGCUCUGUGAGCAGACACACUCAUUUGAAGCUUGGAAUGUACAGCCAACACAGCGCGGAACAACUCGACCUCAACAAAUCCGCUCUCGAUUUCGUCCGCGACAAAUACCCUGCCAUCAGUCAAGAUUACCAGUACUGGCGCCAACAGAUGGGUCGGUACGGCUUGAGUGGUGAAUCGCAGACUGCGCUCAUGGGUACGCUGUCAGAAGGUCAGAAGUCAAGGAUCGUGUUCGCACUACUCGCCAUUGAGAGCCCGAAUAUGUUGUUGCUGGACGAGCCAACGAAUGGAUUGGAUAUCCCUACUAUUGAUAGUUUGGCGGAUGCUAUUAACUCUUUCUCGGGCGGUGUGGUGGUUGUUUCCCACGAUUUCAGAUUGCUUGACAAGAUUGCCAAGGAUAUUAUGGUGUGUGAGAACAAGACUGUGACGAGGUGGGAUGGCAGCAUCGGUGCGUACAAGAACUCGCUGAGGAAGAAGUUGUUGGCGAGGGGUGGUGUGUAA